AAGUGUGGUUUUUUUGUUUGAUAUGGCAUUUGCCGCAUGUCCACAGAUAAGCGGACUGGAAAUGUGUGUGGGACCUUAUGUCGGGAGACGCGUGCAGACCAGUGGCUGGGGGUGUCACUGGCGAGGGAGGCUGGUGGUGGUGAGAGCAAGGUCAUGGCCUGUGCCCAUCGCCGGGCCAACGUAAACCCAGACGACAUCUUUCCUCACGGCAUCUGUUUUCUCAUUCCUCCUGACCUGAAGCCCGAUGCAGUGACUCACACCAGCCCCUGCAGUAUCGGUGCAGUCGACGCCCACGAUGAAAUGCGGCAACAUGCCUCCUGCCAGGCUGGAAUGGCUGCCUCCUCGGCCACACAGAACUUCAUGGUGCUGGGCGGUCCUGGAUCCUUUAACUGGGCAGGCACUGUGAUGCUGCACAACGUUAGCUCCGGCUUUACGCACUUCUCCACCCCUGACACCGUCGUCACGAAGGACAGUUACCUCGGCUAUUCGGUAUCCGCUGGGAUAUUUUAUAAUCGAACGAGCCUGGGUGUCGUAGCUGGAGCUCCGCGUCAAGACAACGUGGGCAAAGUGUACCUGCUGACAUUAGUGGAGGGUGAACUGCAAAUAACAUGGCAAUCCUCGGGAAAACAGGUAUGUAUGUAAAUGUAAUGAUUCGUUAACAGUCAUGUACUCGUUGUGAAUAAACCUUGGUGUAUGCAGGAUGUUGGAGAGGUAUGUGAUCGUCGGCACGCUGGCAAUAAUUUAGUUUGCAUGGGGUUCACAGUUCGAAUUCCAAAGUGGCCUAAUAAUAAUGCACAUGGUUAAGGACUCUGUGAAAUUACUGACAACAGUGUGUAAUUUAUGGCCAGUGUCAUAGUCCAGCAUCCAAGUGGACUCACAAUCACAUAAACACAUUCUGCCAGUUGUGUAUUAUUUAUGCAGAUGCGAGCAUCAAAUUGCUCGCUUCAUUCAGUAAAUAUUGUAUCUACGUGGGCCCACACCUGCUUUGGCAAAAGUCACUGAAUGAAAUGCAUUACAAAAAAAAAAAUCCGAUGGAAAAGUCCGCUCGUCUUUUUGCCGUUCCUCAACUUACCCGAGCAUCCUUCGCACCGAUGCAUUUCAUUCCGCUCGCGAUUCAGCCGCCCCGCCAGUGAUGAAUGGUCCCAAAAAUAGAGAGUCCAUCGAGUUAGCGGAGCGGCGGCAACUCGCCUCUGCGUCGGUCGCGCAGCCGGUGACCGUGGGGCGUCUCUGUGCUGUCGUCGGCAGCUCGGCUCGUACUUCGGCUCCGCCACAUGCGCCGUGGACCUGGACGCCGACGGCCUGGCGGACCUACUGGUCGGGGCGCCGCAGCACAGCGAGACGCGCGACGAGGGCAGGGUGCAUGUGUUCAUGAACGCCGGCCAGGGAAAUUUGGUAGAACAGAAGUCUCUUCUCUCCGGAGCCAAUGCAUACAACGCUCACUUUGGACAAGUCAUUGUGGCCCUGGGCGAUAUAAAUGAUGAUAGAUUUGAAGAUGUGGCGAUUGGCGCUCCGCAUGAAGAUGACCUGCGUGGUGCUGUGUACAUCUACAAUGGGGGGCCGUCUGGAAUUUCCCACUCUUUUUCACAGGUAGCAGUUGGAAUUGGGGUGUCAAUGUGUUUGCCACUCUGCCACCACACAACCUACUCAGUCAACCACACACAAAGACAUUUAUCUCCAAUUUAGUUGAAGAAACUUGGAAGCAAAUAGUGAUAGCGAGCACCUAUUAAGCCGCACACACACACAGAGGUGCCAUGGUAGCGAUAUGUUGAAUGCCUCGCCUGGUGUACAGCUCGUGGGUUUGAUCCCGGCCCUGCUGCCUGUAUAUUUGGAGUUUGCA